UAUAAUCUAUGUUCAGAACAGAAGUGACAGGAAAACGAUUUCGAGGUGGACGUUGAUUACUCAUUCGCCAAUAUUGUUCAGUAUAUAAAAAGAUAAUUAAUAUUAACAACAAAAAUAAACACUAGAUAGUGUACAUCUUUAAAUUGUGUCUGUUUUAUGGCAAACUAGCUCAAAAUGCAUCGCCGCCGCGGUCCGAACUUCACUUACGUGAGCGGAUGUGUAAAAUAUAUGAUUUUUGUAUUGAAUUUUAUAUUUUGGUUAUUUGGAGGUCUGCUGAUCGCUGUAGGACUUUAUGCAUUCAUCGAUAAAUGGCAGGCGACCGGAUUAAUUAAACUGGAUACCGUAUACGAUGUAAUGCUGAACAUAAGCCUGCUGAUCGCGCUGCUAGGGGGCGUGGUUUUCGUCGUCAGCUUCGCAGGAUGCGUCGGCGCAUUGAGGGAGAACACUUGUCUGCUUAAGUUUUACUCCCUCUGCCUGCUGAUCCUGUUUCUAGUCGAAAUGGGCGGGGCUGUAUGCGGCUUCGUGUUUCCCCGUUCUCUCCACGGUCUACUAGAGUUGAGCUUCACGGAACGUGUCGUGCACGCGUAUAGAGAUGACCCGGAUUUGCAAAAUUUUAUCGACUUUGCUCAAAGCGAUUUCCACUGCUGUGGUCUAACCUCAGACGGCUACAUGGACUGGUCCAAGAACGAGUACUUCAACUGUUCCUCUCCAUCCGUGGAGCGAUGCGGAGUGCCCUUCUCAUGCUGCAUCAACGCCACCGAUAUAUCCUCAGGACUCGUCAAUAUCAUGUGCGGUUAUGGUGUUCAGAACUACCCGGUGGCCGAAGCAAGCAAGCGCGUCUGGACGAGCGGCUGCAUAGAGAUCGUGCGAUCCUGGGCCGAGCGCAAUCUGUACACCAUAGCGUCGGUCGCGCUAGGAGUUGCACUGUCGCAACUCUUCGUUAUCUACCUCGCUAAGACUUUGGAGGGACAGAUAGAGUUGCAGAAAGCUAGAUGGCAGACAUGAAACAGGGGCACCCUGGGCGCCUACCGCGACGAGUGUCGCCGCGCGCUGCUGUAGCACGCGCCGCGCUCGGGGCAACCCCAGCCCGCCCUGCACAUCUGAGCCACUCAACCACUCAACCAUAGCGGACAGAGUGACUACACAAUGUGCAGUGUCCAAGACUUACAAACAAACUUAUAAGUGUCAGUGUAUUGUGUCUUGUGCCAUCUACAGUGACGGUUAACCGACUUCGAAAAUAGUGGUGUGUGUGUUUGAGACUUUUCAGUGUGAACUUUGGAAUGUGCCAUCGUGGUUUCAAAGUGGUUGCAAUGUCAUCAUGUGCCAUAGUGAUGAAUUUUAUGAUUGUGGGGAGUUUUACUUAUUUUUUUGGAUGGGAAACUGGUUUGUUUUUAUGUUUAAUAAAGAUUUUGAAAGCAAAAAAUAUAUAAGUAAUGUUCAAAAAUAUUUAAACCAUUACACUAAAUAAUUCAUUCAAAUAUCCAUAUGUAAUUAUUAAGCAAAUGAAAGCCAAAAAUUGCUCUCAAUAUAGCCAGUUAUCUAUAUUGCCAGUGUACAAAAAAAAUCAGCAUUGCCACAUCUAAAAAAAUAAGUAAAAUUCUUUAAAAAAAACUGAAUCUCAAGACAAUUUUGGAAUUGCAUUUCGUACUAUCACGCCGAUACCUUAGGUAGGCGGAUCUCUGCGAGCUUUUUGAAAAAAAACUACAUAAUUGUUAAAAUGUAAUAUUUAUAAUUAUAUGUUUGCCAAUUUCCAAUGUUAAUUAUUAUCUGUAGUUUGUAAGUUAUGUGUUUUUGUAUUGUAUAAGUGGAACUUUUUGGUAGAAUGUUAUUUUUAGUGACUGGUCACACCCAACUGUGUUGCCAAUAAAAAAAUAUUUCACGAAAAAGUUUUACUCAUAAAAUCACAGUAUAAAUAAAAACAUGUAUUGAAUAUGUUUAAUUACUUGCAUUUAUAAAGGACUGUAUAUAAAGCGUAAUUAUUAUUAUAAUUAAUAAUGGGAUGUGCCCAUGUUAUGAAUAUAAUUCUCAAUCACAAGGUAUUAAUAUAGGACAGAUACUGAUAUUACUGUUUUCUGUAGAUAAAUACUAAUUCAAGAAAGCAAAAGGAUUUGUUUGCUUGAAUGCACUUAUCUCUAAAACCACUGGGCCAAUUUGAAAAAAUCUUGUUGGACUUGGACUUUCUUAUGUAAUAUUUUUUCGAAUAUAUGAUAGCGUCAAUAUAUAAUAUUUCUCUCUCCAUGUAAUGUGGUAUAGCCGUUUUCAGCAUAAUAUCAGUAUCGGUCAUAUAGUGAUACAUAAUAAGAAUGUAAUUAAUUAAUAAAAAUAGUGUAAUUAUAAUUAUUAUGUGUCGUAAAAAUCUUCCUUUUGUAAUGAUUAAGUAGGAAAAUAUCUAAAUUGUGAUAGUUUUUUUCCUAAAUUCCAUUUUCUAACAACCGUUUUUACUGAUUUUUGCAAGUGAUGAAUAUUUCAGAAUCAGCCCACUGUGCAGGACAUAUUAUACUGCACAAGCAUUUGCUUGGACACAGGUGCACUCACUAUUCCUUCACUCAUAGCCCGAUGUGACGGCAAUCCGACACGACCGGAAAGAGAUCAGGCGCAGGACCGACAUUUACGUGCUCUCCGAUGCACGGGUGAAUCAAUCACCAGCUUCCAGACUACGGGAAACUUGCUUUGUGAAAGUUUCAUAAGCAACUACAUGAAUAUAAAUUACUUGCACUAUUCAGUAAAUCGGUUUAUUGCCUAAAAAGGCAAAGUGCUCAAUUUUGACAAAAAAGAACUAAAUUCCAAGACUAAAUCUGAAAAUGGUGUUGAUUUCAAUUAUUGUGUAAAUUAGACUGAGUUAAUUUUUAUAUGAAAAAAUAAAUAAAAAUAUUGCGUAUUUAGGAAAUUGUGUUAGAGAAAUCUGCAUUAUUAAUUAUUUAGUUGUUUAGCACCAAAUUGUAUAAUUAUUUAGGUGCAGUAAAAUUCAAAAUUUUCAAUUAUUUUGUGAUUGUACACUAUCAUAAAAAUCUGAUUUUGGACAAAAUUUUAGAUUUUGUUCAUUUGACGCUCAAUUUUUGAGAAGUUACAAAAAUUCCAGUGUGUCAAAUUUUAUUGCUUUAUUUUGUAACAUCAUCUGCCUAUCCUUUUCCCAACUAUGUUGGGAUCGACUUCCAGUCUAACCAGAUGCAGCUAAGUCCCAAUUCUAUAUGUAUUUGUACAAAUAAUUAGAGUACACUAAAAUUAUAUUUAUGAAACAAACAAAAAAAGAAGAAAAACUAUUUAAAAGGUUUUUCCCCAUGAUCAUAUCAAAAAUGCCAUUUGCUUAAUUUAAUUUGAAAAUGCAAUUAAUAUUUUAUUGUUUAGGCCAUUUAAUGUCAUAUCAUUUCAAUUUAGAUAAACAUAUAUCAUAUUAACCUGCGGUUCCACCCGCGUUUAGAAACAGUUAAUAUAUGAAAACCUGUUCAAUGUAUUAUUGAAUUAUCUUCUAAGAAAUGCAUUAUGUUAUUACAAAUAUGUUAAUUUUAUCCUCCAGUUUAUAAAUAAGAAAUAUUGUAUUAUGAACAUAACUGCCAUUAACGGUUGAUUAGUACUCCACAGAUGAAAUAUUUCACUGAUCAAUCAAUAGUUACUAUAUAGAUCAAGAGCCAGUGACUGCCAGAUCUCUAUUUUAUCUCAUCAUCAUCUCCCUAGCUUUUGCCAACUAUGUUGCUAUCCUGGCAACCCAAUACCCCUAGGUAAGACUGGUUGUCAGGCUUACUGGCUUGUUCGAACAGCUCGUAACGACUGCCAAAGAUGUUCAAUGACAGCCGGGACCUACAGUUUAACGUGCCAUUCGAAACACAGUAAUUGGUGUCGAAGAUAUACUUAGAAAGUACAUACAAACUUAGAAAAGUUGCAUUGGUAACUUGCAAACUUCUUUCUUAUCUUUGUGAAAAAAUCUUGGACUGCUCAAUUCCCUAUUUGUCGACGAGGGCUAAUUUUAUAUCAGGGUAAUCGCCGAAUUGAAUUGUUUUUUGUGCAGUCGGUUAAAAAUAAAGGUCUGGCUAUUUCUGGCUUCAGCUCUAAAAGUAUGAUGUAAGCAUUUAUUACAAACCACACUGCAAUUUAUGAAGUAAAUAUAGUUCAAACAUUUCACAUAGUACUAUAGUGCAAUAUUUUAAUUUUAAUAGUACGUUUAUAAGUUUUUUUUAAAGUGCCAGUUUUUCAAACUAAAUAGUUUUUAAUAGCAACCUUUUUGCUUAAAAUCUAAGGUUAUCUUUCACUAUAUCAAUGUUAUUAAGAAAUGUCUAGAAAUAAAUAUAUUAUAAUUUUACUUGAAAAGGGGCGUCGAAACUGAUUGAAUCUAAGCAUGGUAUUUAGUUUAAGAUUCCCUUCCGAGUCUGGCGACAGCCGCGCGUUGCUGUUGCGUGUGUGUCGGAAUGGAAGCUUUACUGUUCAAAUAUGAGUGUGAUAUUAAUACAUUAGGCCUUUACUAGAUCCAAAAACACCACGAAAAAAAUAAAAUUACAAAAAAAAAACUAAAUUUUGAUUUCAUAGUCGAAAUCUGAUACUGAUUGCUCUCAAUUUGGAAAUCAAAUGCUCAAUUUGUAUAUCAUUGAGUUCUAUCGAAUAUUUUUUAUUAUUUUACAUAUUUUUUAAUUACUGCCCAUAUAUGGGCUAUGACUUUCCGUAAAAAAAAUAAUUUUAAUGUGAUUUUUUAAUUUUAAAUAUUGGGUAACUGACAAUUAAUUGAUACCCAUAUGAUUUUCAACUUUUUUUAAACGCUCAAUAUUAACAAAAUAAUAGUACCAAAAUAAAAUGCAAUUGAUUUUUUAAAUAAUUGUUACUUUUUCAUGGCAAUUCCCUAUCAUUUUUUUUAUUCAAAAUAGUAGUAAAAUUUUUAUUCCUAAAUUUAUGUUUUCAAAAAUAUCGAUAUAAGUAUCAAGGUCUCAUUAUAGACUGUUUUGGCCUUACUACAAAAACUUAAAACCCUGUUUUGCACUUGUCUAAUAAAAUUUUGGCUGCAAAAAGAACCAUAUGUCAACGUCAUAAUUUGACAUUUUUUUAGACAAGGCAUAAACUGACGUUUAAAAGUUUUUGUGGUAAGACGGUAUUGGCCUUACUACAAAAACUUUAAACCCUGUUUUACACUUGUCUAAUAAAAUUUUGGCUGCAAAAUGAACCAUAUGUCAACGUCAUAAUUUGACAUUUUUUUAGACAAGGCAUAAACUGACGUUUAAAAGUUUUUGUGGUAAGACGGUUGAUCUUUUAAAAGUGUUUAAAUAUUAAUGGAUUUAUAACCAAAUAUAAUCUAUAUGUCGUAUUUAGUUCGUAAGUUUAUAAACUUAUCGAUGUACAUAUGUAUUAGGAAUCUUAGAUUAUGUAUUAAAGUCAUUUCUAUGCAAACAUUGCUAGGCGGGAUAUAUGGUCUAAAAAUAUAUUAGGUAUUCCAGAAACAAGUGAAGGAAAUUACGAAUACAUAUACGAAUAUAUAAUUAUUAAAAAUAUAUUUCGCAAUAUAAAGAUGCAAGUCCAGUUGCCCAAGUUUGCAAAUAAUGAGUGCAGCUAUUGUACUAGAAAAGGUACAACAUUAUUAUUUCGCUGUCUAUCCCUUUUUGUGGGAAAUCAUCAAAUGACUCCUCCCGCUGUGGGUGCAGUGGGAGUCAGACUUCUUUUGACUAAAAAUGUCUUACCCCUUACCGAAUAAAAAAAUACAUUAAAGUUCAUGUAUUCCGCCUAGCAAGUAUCAGUGAGUUAUAAUGCACAAUUCAAGUAAAAUGAUAUUUUGCGUAAUUUAAUAGCGAGAACUGAUAUAAAGACAUUAUUCUUGUACAUUGAAUACCAGUUGUCAAUGAUGUAAAAUAUAGAGAAUUAAAUCAACUGUAACCUGUA